GUGCCAGAACUGGGAGGGCGGCAUCGGUGGAGUGCCGGGGAUGGAAGCUCACGGUGGUUACACCUUCUGUGGCAUGGCAGCGCUGGUGAUCCUCAAACAGGAGCAUCUCCUGAACCUCCGGAGCUUGCUGCACUGGGUCACCAGCCGGCAGAUGCGCUUCGAGGGUGGCUUCCAAGGGCGCUGCAACAAGCUGGUGGAUGGAUGCUAUUCCUUCUGGCAAGCUGGGCUCCUGCCCCUGCUGCACCGAGCCCUCCACGCCAAGGGUGACCCAGCACUGAGCAUGACCCACUGGAUGUUCGACCAGUCAGCGCUGCAGGAAUACAUCCUCCUGUGCUGCCAGUGCCCGGCCGGGGGGCUGCUGGACAAGCCUGGCAAAUCCCGGGAUUUCUACCACACAUGCUACUGCCUGAGCGGCCUGGCCAUAGCGCAGCACUUUGGCAGCGGUGACCUGCACCACGAAGUGGUCCUGGGUGCCCCCGAGAACCGCCUGCAGGCCACGCACCCCGUGUACAACAUCACCCCGGAGAAGGUGGUGCGAGCGGUGAUGCAUUUCCUGCAGCAGCCCGUGCCCAGCCUGGAAAAAAAAGCAUCUGAGUAG